UAAUGACUUUGGCGCCCUCUGUCGGUACUGUGUAUACUUCACUGGAGCAGCCAUUCAGCUCCUAAUAUUUUGCUGGUAUGGAGAAGUACUGAUCACAAAGAGCGAGCGUGUCAGCGAGGCAGCCAUGGGCUGUGGCUGGACGGAGGUCAGGGGCCGCCACUUCAAGAGCUCUGCCCUGAUCCUCAUGAUCCGCGCUCAGCGGCCGCUCGCUCUCACGGGCAGCAAGUUCUACGUCAUCUCGCUCAAGACGUUCGUGCAGCUGCUGAAUGCGUCCUACUCGUUUUUCGCUGUACUCCGGCAACUGAACGAAUCUGGACACCGUGAAGAAGAGGGCGCUGUGGCAUCUGUUUGAAAAGUACCUCCGUGCCUUUUCCCGCCGCUCCGCUGCAGCUACAGAAGGGAGGCGCUUUACUGCUUCACUGAACACGGACCCGCUCUAAUUUCUGGCAUUUAUGUAGGAGACAACCAACGUUCAAUAUACUUUUUGUCAUGUGAUUUCCAAGCUGUGUGCUUUCCCCAUUAUUUCUAUUUCCUCCUUCCCCAUUGUUUUCCACCCACCCAGUGUAUUUUUUUCCCAAAUCAGCGCUAUUUUUGUUUUAAGUAUUGGAGAGUUCUGCACAAUGCUGUUCAUACUGAAUAACCGUUAAUAUAGUAGAUAA